CAGCCCAUUUCUUACAGCAUGGACCUAAAUUGACAGUGGCUCUUUGGUAUUUCUGUUUUGCAGAUAUUGUAGAGUUUUCCAAUGGAAAGGCUGGCAUUGUUCAUGAGCUUUUGUUUGCUGCUGUCUGAUACACAGCAAGCACCAUCAUUUCUUAUUACUGCUCCAAAUGUGGUACAUUUGGGCACAUACGAGACAAUAACAGUUCAAGUCCACGGAGCACAGAGUCCUGUGCGAGUUACUGCGUACUUCAAAGAUGAGCUUAAAAAUCAGCUCCUAUCAGACAGGAUCAUCUUUAACCUUAACCAAAAUAAUGACUACCAGGAGAUGAAAAAAAUAAUGGUCAAGCCAGGGACUCUGCAACAGAACUUGUUCAAGAAGAGUAAUCAACCAUAUGUUCUGCUGGUCACUGAAAGCAGGGAGCUUCCUAAGGCUGUUCAGAGCAUUCGCAUCCUCCUGUCCUCCAAGAAAGGCUACAUUUUUAUUCAAACAGACAAGCCUAUAUACACACAAAGUUCCAAAGUAAAAUACAGGAUCUUCAUUCUGGACAAUGCUAUGAGGCCAACAGAUGACACGGUUACAGUUGCUGUGCUAAAUUCAAAAGGAAUGGUGGUUAAAAAGUCAGAUCGGAAAAUAAAGGCAGUGUUCAGUGAACAUUUUGAAAUACCUGACGUUGCUGAGCCUGGAACUUGGAAAAUCAAAGCCUGGUUUCACCAACAUGAAAUGUCUAAUGUUUCCGCUGAAUUUGAAGUUAAAAAAUAUGAACUUCCAUCUUUUGAAGUCAAACUCAUCCCACUUCAGCCAUACUACCACAUCUGGAAUGAAAGCUUUGUGUUUGAUAUCGAGGCAAAACACUCUUAUGGGAAAGAAAUUCAAGGUGCUGCAUAUGUGCGAUUUGGCAUCAUUGAUGAAAAUGAAAACAAAGUGUUUGUUCCAGGCCUGGAGCAACAGCUAUCUAUUCAAAACGGGAAAGGAAGAGUCACUUUAAAUACACUACUUUUGGAAGAGAAAUUAAGGAAGAGCGUUUCCACUCUGGAAGGGUUUUGUUUAUAUGUUGCUGUUACCACUGUAGAAACUGCAAGUGGUGAGAUGAGGGAAGAGGAACUGAGCAAUGUGAAGUUUGUGCAAUCUCCUUAUGCUGUUGAUCUGUCUAAUACCAAAAAGAAUUUUGUGCCUGGAGCCCCCUUCUCUGUUGUGGCAUCUGUCACUUUGGUUGAUGGUUCUCCUGCUGGCUCCCUUCCUGUCACUGCUACUAUUACCUUGCCUGGAAAACCCCCAAUGAAGAAGACUGCACUCUCUAAUAAAGAGGGCCUAAUCCCCCUUACAUUUGACAUCCCCAGAGAUGCCCAAAGGCUUGAAAUAAUGGUAAAGGCUGAAGAGGGAAAAGAAAAAUUAGAAUCACCUGAAGCCAGUAUCAGAGUUGAAAGAUACCAGUCUGCUUCCCCAAACUACCUAAGCAUCAGCAUCCCACAUGCUGUUGUGGCACCUGGAGAUACUUUACACAUCACUUUGAAUGACAUUCAUCAGUCUGGCAGUGGAAAGAUUGACUAUUUCUAUUAUAUGGUUGUGGCAAAGGGACAAGCUGAGCUUUUGGGGAGGGUCCCAUCCUCAAAAAAAAUAAUAAACCUUAAAAUCACAGAGAAGAUGGUGCCUGCCUUUCGCUUUUUAGCCUACUACUUCAUUGCAAAUGAGGACCGUCAAGACAUUGUUGCCGAUUCUGUAUGGGUGGACGUUAUGGAUGUCUGUGAAGGAAAGAUUAAAGUGAGAACAGAACAAGAGAUAUAUGAACCAACAGAUAUCAUCAAUUUACAGAUUGAAACGGACCAUGCGGGAAAAGUUGCCUUAGCUGUGGUUGAUAAAGCAGUUUUUAUUCUGAAUAAGAAAAAUAAGCUUACAGCCAAAAAAGUAUUUAAUGCUAUGAAUUCGUAUGAUCUUGGAUGUUCUGCAGGUGGUGGCUCAAAUAAUGUUCAAGUUUUUACUGAUGUUGGUCUGGCUUUUUUAUCAGAUACAAUUCAAUCCAGCAUUCGGGAAGGAUAUAAAUGCCUCCAUGGCACCAGAAGGCAGAAGAGAUCUUUGGAUUUUCAGAAGAAAAUGUCAGGAAUUGCCAGCAAAUACCAAAACACUGAUCUGCAAAAAUGCUGUCAAGAUGGAAUGAAAAUAAAUCCCAUGAGGUUUCCUUGUGCAAAAAGACUAACAAGGGUGUCUGGCUCUCGCGAAUGCAGGAGCGCAUUCCAGGACUGCUGUGAGAAAGCCACAGCCCUCAGGAAGGAGGCGAAGCGGAGGAACAGAGUGGGCUUGGCACGACGACAAUACAGCGACCAUGAAGAAUUCUUUGAUGAAACCUCUGUCAGCUUGCGCAGUUAUUUUCCCGAGAGCUGGUGGUGGCAUUUUGAAGAAGUGGAAAACCCUGGAAACCAUAGUGUAGAAAACUUUGCUCCUGAUUCAAUAACUACCUGGGAAGUUCAGGCAAUAAGCAUAUCUCCCGAAAAAGGGUUUUGUGUAGCUGACCCCCACACCUUUGCGGUUUUCAAAGACUUUUUUGUGUCCCUGAGAUUACCGUACUCAGUCAGACGACAUGAGCAACUAGAAAUAAAAGCAGUGGUUUACAACUAUCUGCCCAAUGAUCUCCAGGUAACAGUGAAGAUGGAUGCAGUGAAGGAGCUGUGCACCGCAGAGACAACAGAGAAGGCUGUGCAGCUGCCACUGGUGGCUAAGGGGAAUUCUGCAACACCAGCCUACUUCUCAGUUGUCCCUUUGGCUGUGGGAGAAAUUCCAAUUACUAUUACUGCUUUUGACAAGGUUUCUGGGCAUAGUGACAGCAUUAGGAAGAACCUCAAUGUUGUGGCAGAAGGUGUUUUACAGAGAGAAGAGGAAACCAUUUGCAUUAACAGUGGCUUAAAAUCCCAUAUACUGGACCUGAACAGACCACCAGAUAUGGUACCGGGUUCUGAUAGUCAUGUGUUUGUUAGCGUGAAAGGGAAUAUUAUGGACAAGUCUGUUGAAAAUUGUCUUAGUCUUACUGGAGUGGAGAAACUUAUUCAAGUGCCCACAGGCUGUGCAGAGCAAACAAUGGUCACAAUGGCCCCUGCAGUCUAUGCUAUUGAGUACUUGGAUGCCAGUGAGCAGUGGGUGAACUUUAAUCCUGAACGGAAGCAGGAAGCCAUUAGUAUGAUUGAACAAGGUUAUACUAGACUGCUUGAGUUUCAGAAGGUGGAUGGCUCCUACGGAGCAUUUAAAGAAAUCCCCAGUAGUGUAUGGUUAACUGCAUUCGUUGUUAAAGUACUCACAAGGUGCAGAGAAUACAUUGGUGUCCAAGACAAUCACAUACUCAACUCCAUUUCCUACUUGAUUAAUCAACAGCAGGCAGAUGGUUCAUUCCACGACCAUCACCCCGUAUUGGACAGGUCAAUGCAGGGUGGCAUUAAGUUAGCAGAAGAGGAUUUGGCUAUGACAGCCUUUGUAACCAUAGCAUUGCAACAGACGCUCCAGGUCUACAAGUUACCUGAUGUGGUAAAAGGGAUUAGAGGAGCAGUGGAUUACAUGAAAAAUCAACUUUCGGGAAAUACUGACUGUUAUUCUACAGUCAUCACGGCUUAUGCUCUGACACUUGUGCAGUCUGAUAGUGAAGAAGCCCAGUUUGUGAAAGAAAAAUUAAGGGACUGUUCUGUUUUUGAUGCAGCAAAGCAGCAGCGCUACUGGGGAAAUGGGAACGAUGCUGUCUCAGUGGAAACCACGGCCUAUGCACUGCUUCAAACAUUGCUCCUGAAAGACAUGGAGUACACAAGGCCUAUUGCUACGUGGUUGACAGAAAGAAGAAACUACGGUGGAGGGUACUGCUCUACACAGGACACAGUAGUGGCCUUAGAAGCUCUGUCAGCAUACAGCAUACAGACAUUGAACACUGCUUCCACUGACCUGACUGUCAAACUGGGAACACCUGGAAGACAAAAUGACUACAGCAUUGUUCUGACUGAUACUGAUGAAGAGUUUCAGAAGCAGACAGAGUUUGAACUUGGGAGAAAACUUGAAGUAUCGGUACAUGGCAGAGGAAGUGGGACAAUGAGUAUAUUAAAGAUGUACUGGUCUUCUGAGCUGAAGAACAAUACCUGCAAUGAUUUGAUUUUGACGGUGGAAAUGGAAGGGAGCAUCAAGUACUCUGAAGCUGAAUAUUCUGAUGAAAAUGAUGGUGAGGACUUGAUUGCUGCAGAAAACAGCACAUUUGAGGGGCUUUCUGGCAUAGAGUGGUUUGAUAUCCACAGCAGAAGGAAAAGGGAUGCCAUCACUCCCGGUAAAGUAGAAUCACUGCGGUACAAAGUCUGUGUCAGGUCCACAGGUUCCAAAGCACCAAAGAUGUCCCUGGUUGAUCUCACUCUGCUGAGUGGCUUGGAGCCUGACACAAAGGAUCUCGAACAGUUGGUGACAGCUUCAGACCAGUACAUUCAGCACUAUGAGUACAAGGGAGGGAAGGUUUUGCUCUACUUUGGUGAGCUCACAAGUGGACCAGACCCGGAUUGUAUAUCAUUUGGGGCAAAGCAAAUCAAUCCCAUGGGCUUGGUUCAGCCAGCAAAUGCCGUCCUUUAUGAUUUUUACAGUCCUGACAGAAAGUGCAGUGUAUUCUACAGUGCUCCCAAGCACAGUGCCAUGCUUUCAAAGGUGUGCCACGCCAAUGUUUGCCAGUGUGCAGAAGGUCCCUGCCCAAGACAAAGAUCAACUUUCAGUAAAACUGUAACACAAACUACACGUUUUAAUUUUGCCUGCUACCAACCUACCGCAGAUUAUGCAUAUGAAGUGGAGGUCCUCAACAGUACAAAGAAGAAUGUUUUUGAUUACUAUGAGGCCAAAAUCCACAGAAUCCUUAAAACCACUGAUGAUGAAAGCAUUCAAGUGGGUGCCCACCGACAGUUCCUGACACGCUCCACGUGCAAGUUAAACAUGGUCCCUGGCAAACAGUACCUCCUCAUGGGGAAAGAUGGGGAAACAGUCGAUUGCAACAACAAGAUGCAGUACUUCCUUGAUGCACAAGCCUGGGUAGAGAAAAUUCCAGGCACCAGUGAGUGCCGCAGCACCCUGCGUCGGCAAAGCUGUGCUCACCUGCAGGACUUCCUGAACACAUCUGAUAGCCUGUGCCUGCUCUGAUCCACACAUCCUAUUCCUUGUGACUGCAGCUUGCCUCCUUCCCGAAUUUUUUUUGCAAAGAAUGUGCACCCAAGUGGCACCUGAAACCCUGCAGGGCUGCUUCCAUUGCUGUUUUGCUCUCUGAGGUAUUCCUUGUAGAUUUGUGUGUGGGAGUAAUACAACAAAAAUUGCAGUUACUCUA